AAAAUAGUGAAAAAUUUAAUGUAAUUUUUUUUUUUUUUUUUUGGAAUAUGUUUUAGGCCAAGUCAGCGCGUAACGAGCAGAAGAAGUGCCAAAUGUCGGCGACCGAGCAGCCAUGUUUCAGGCGCGUGACGCAUUGCAUAUUCGACAACGAUGGCACAGUCAUGGAUACGGAAAGCAUCUAUACGACCGCAAUACAGAACGUGCUGACGCCCUACGGCAAGACCUAUACGUAUGAGAUGAAAAUGCGUAUGACGGGCCUCGCAGCCAUGGUGGCCAGUGUAUUGAUGGUAAAGGAGUACAAUUUGCCAAUUUCGCCAGAGCAGUAUCUGGCUAGAUUUCGUGCCGAGCUGCAUUGCCUGAUUUCGGAUGUGAAGCUAAAGCCGGGCGCCAAAGAUCUGCUGCUGCAUCUGUUCGAGUACCGCGUGCCCAUGGCCAUGGCAACGUCGGGCUAUCGAGACACCUUCUGCCUGAAGGCACGGCCGCACUGCGACCUGAUGCCCGUCUUCCAUCACAUCGUCUGCGGCGAUGAUCCCGAGCUGAAGGAGAGUAAACCGCAUCCGGACAUCUUUCUGCUGGCGGCGUCACGCUUCAAGCCAGCACCACCGCCCGAGUGCUGUCUGGUGUUCGAGGACUCGGCGCAGGGCAAGGAUGCGGGCGUCGCGGCGGGCAUGCAAGUGGUAAUGAUACCCGACGAACGCCUGCCCCUCGAGCAGACCAUCGGCGCCACGCUGGUGCUCAAGUCCAUGGCAGACUUCCAGCCGGAGCUGUUCGGCCUGCCUGCCUACGAUUAUGCGGAAAAGUUCACGUUUGGCUAGCGCU